GUGGGUGCACGUGGUAUGUGCUCUCUAUGUCCCUGGUGUGGCCUUUGGGGACAUCGACAAACUGAGGCCCGUGACCCUUACAGAGAUGAACUACUCGAAGUAUGGAGCCAAGGAGUGUAGUUUCUGUGAGGACCCUCGGUUUGCGCGGACUGGUGUGUGUAUCAGCUGUGACGCCGGAAUGUGCCGCUCGUACUUCCAUGUGACCUGCGCCCAGAGGGAGGGGCUUCUGUCUGAGGCCGCCGCUGAGGAGGACAUAGCGGACCCCUUCUUUGCCUACUGUAAGCAGCACGCGGACCGCUUUGACAGGAAGUGGAAGAGGAAGAACUACCUGGCGCUGCAGUCCUACUGCAAGGUGUCGCUGCACGAGCGCGAGAAGCAGCUCACGCCCGAGGCACAGGCCCGCAUCACCACGCGUCUGCAGCAGUACCGUGUGCGUGCGGAGCUGGCCCGCAACACUCGUCCGCAGGCCUGGGUCCCCCGCGAGAAGCUGCCGCGACCUUUGACCUCCAGCGCCUCUGCCAUCCGCAAGCUGCUGCGCAAGGCCGAGCUCAUGGGCAUCAGCACGGACAUCUUCCCCGUCGACACCGCCGACACACACGCCACCGCCGACGGCCGCCGCAAACACAAGCAGCCCGCCCUCACCGCAGAGUUCGUCAACUACUACCUGGAGCGUAACAUGCGCAUGAUCCAGAUUCAGGACAACAUUGCCCAGCAGAAGAGCCUCAAAGACACACUGGAGAGUGAACAGGAGAAGCUUCACGUUGAGUACAAGAAGCUGUGUGAGUCUCUAGAGGACCUUCAGAAUGACAACGGACUCCUGCGGACUGAGGGGCUGGCCAUGUGGAAUGUGCUGGGGGGGAUACUGGGACAGAAGCUGAGUGGUCCGUCGGUGCUGAAGGCCCCUAAGGAGCGGAAGCCCAGUAAGAAGGAGGGAGGAUCCCCUGGAAAGUCAUCCAGCCUGCCUGCUGUGCUCUACAGCUGUGGCAUCUGUAAGAAGAAUCAGGACCAGCAUCUGCUCCUGCUGUGUGACACGUGCAAACUGCACUACCACCUCGGCUGCCUCGACCCCCCCCUCACACGCAUGCCCAAGAAGACCAAGAACAGCUACUGGCAAUGCUCAGAGUGUGACCAGGCCAGCAGUGAUGAGGCAGACAUCGCCAUGGAGACGCUGCCCGACGGCACCAAACGCUCCAGACGGCAGGUGAAGGGACCAAUCAAAUUCAUCCCUCAGGAGAUGUCACCGGAGCCCAAGAAAUCACAAAGGACUCGAGGUCAGAAGAGGAAAAGAGUUUCCAUAUGUGAGGAUGAGAAGAUAGAGGAACCGCCUCAGCGAGAGCGUCGUCAGAGGCAGUCGGCGCUGCAGAAGAAACCCAAAGCCGACGACACCAGAACCGAGUGUGUGACCUGCACCGGACCUGGAGACAACGAGAACCUCGUCAGGUGUGAUGAGUGUCGUCUCUGCUACCAUUUCGGAUGUCUGGACCCCCCUCUCAAGAAAUCCCCCAAACAGACCGGCUACGGCUGGAUAUGCCACGAGUGUGACACCUCUUCAUCUAAGGAGGAAGAGGAGGAGCCUCCACAGGAAGUUGAGGAUGAACCUGUUAAAGAAGAAGCAACAGAGCUGGAGAUUCCAAAUUGACACACACACACACACAAACAAACACACACACUUACCUACACACGCACCUAC